GGCACGAAGGGAUCAGGUUACUCCAAAUGAACUUGAGGAAUGCGACUCAUUACGAAGUCAGUGCUAGUGAUCAGAGCAGCGGGCUUUCCUUCUUUGUACUGUACUGACUUCUCAAGCGGCUUGAAGAAGUGACAGAGGGUAACAAGAUGCGUGCGUUUGUAGUCAGUCUUCUGUUGUGGAAUUUGGCUUCCCUUGCAGCUAGUACAGGAGAAUCGCGUUUUGUUGAGCAAGAUAAGGAAUCACUUGACUCAGAGAAUGAAGAUCCUUGUAUCAAUGUCGUAUGCCACACCAGUCAGGAGUGUGUUGUUGUCGAUAGUAAUGCUGCCUGUGUGUGCAGGAAGUCAUGCCCUGAUCACGAAAAACCAGUCUGCGGGUCGAAUGGAAUGACAUUUCCAAACCACUGUGAGUUGCACAGGACUUCCUGUUUAGAGAGAAAGAAGAUUUCCAUCAAGUAUGAAGGAGAAUGCCAGGGACUACCAACUCAACCUCCUUUAACUGCAAUGAAUAAUCAGUGGAAACCUAUUGUUUGCUAUGAACAUGACCGUGAUGAAAUACGUAAUCAUUUGAUUGGAUGGUUAAAGAAUCAAAACAAGUCACCAGAAGAACUUGAUGGCUACAGAAACCUCCUGCAGUCUUACUUUGACAUGGUGGAUGAAAACGAUGAUGGCAAACUUGAUGCUACAGAGUUCCGAGAGUUUGUUGGGGCUAAUCAAUCUAUAGCUGAGAUUGUAAGUUCAGAUGAAUACAUCAACCCUGUCCUGCAAAAUCUUUGUGCUGAUGCCCUGCUUUCAUUAAGUGAUGAGGAUUCUGACUGGGAGCUGAAUAUUACUGAGUUCAUGAAAUGUUUAGAUCCACAAUUCAAGCCACCAAAGAAAGGUUGUGAGCUGGACAGUGAGGUUUACAAUGAUGGUACAGAGAUCCCAACAGACUGCAACAGCUGUGUCUGUGCCUGUGGAAACUGGAUCUGUACUGCAUUGAAAUGUGAUGGGAAGGAAUCAAACCAGCCAGGAGCUGAAACAACUGAAGAUGACGUGGAGGAGGAGCCCAGCAAGUUUAUUGUGAAAGGUACAGAAGCCAAGGAACAACUUACAAAAGAGAUUAUUAAACAUGACCAAAAAGAAAGAAUUCAUCUUCACAAAAAGAAAGUCCUGCCUCUACAUAAAUCACGGCAUCACCACAGGCAUAAAAAACAUGGCAUCCAUGGCAACCAUGGAAACCAUGGCUUGAGAGAGACUGGUCAUGAUGAAAACUGAGUAGACAUGUUUUGAAAGAGACGGUCAAUUAUAUAAUGGUCAUUCUAUUGCAGAAAGCAUUUUUACAGAAACAUCCAUUAUUUUGUAAAAAUAAACAAGUAAACACAGUUAUAUUUUACAAAGUAAAGUAGUUUUAAUAGUGUCAUAAAACCCAAACCAAAGUAAUUUUCACAUUGGUCAAUAACAACAAACAUACAAAAUGCACAUGACCAAGCACUAGUCUGCCUUGUAGUUGUCAGUUGGGGUGGCCGAGCAAUGCUCCCUCCCCUAAAGAAAGCGUAACUUGCAUCCCCACCCGAAAACAUGGCUGCAAAGGAGACUAACUAAGUACUGGAAGAUGCAUGUGACCUUGUCGCAAUCAUGUUAGCAAACUGUUUUGUAUCGGAUUGUUUGGAAUGAGUAGUGGUGAAGGUUUUGUGAACGAAUCAUAGAGCACAGUUAAACAGAACUUUCCACAGUGUAUUAUUCAGACCGUUUUAUAAGCUUCCUUGUUCUUAUUACUUUAAUAAUUAGCUCCCCCGGUAGCAGAUCCUUGCUCCACUAUGGAAUUUGAAGCUAAUAAACAACAAAGGCCAAUCAAGAAUAACAACCUUUUUGUUUUAUAAAUAUUCAGCAAUAGUUAGCCACUGCUUUACCAUACACUUACUUUUAUUGUUUAGUGUAAAUUUGUACCAUUGUUGAUAUCCUGAGUGCCAAUUUACUUGAGGUUAUAGCUGUUAGUGAUUAGUGGUAGGCUUUAUGUGAAAAGACUUUGCGGUAAACUGAUUUCAUAGUCAUGGAGAGAAAAUUUAAAGACUCUUGAAAAAAUCCAAAAAAUAGAAAAAUUGUUUAAUUUAAAAUCCAUUUUAAGUUGUAAGUUAGCCAUUUAAAUCAAAAUAUAUUAUUUCCAAACUGUAAAAACAAAAAUAUAACAAACAAUAAAUUGCUCUGUUUUGUCA